CAUGCAUGGCAAAGAAGGGAAGAGAGAGAGAGACAGAGAGAGAGAGAGAGAGAGAGAGUCUUGCUCCACUGCACUCGAUUUUUUCGGCUAAAUUAAGACCCUCACAUCAGGAAGAGAGGGUUGUAUUGCAAAUAUGGAUUCGGAAAAACAGUAGCAAAAAAUAGAAAAAUAGGUUUGUAUGUGUCAUUGCCAUCGUUUUCUACCAUCGCUUUCUAAGAAACGUGUAGAACAACUGCAAGGCAGCCUCUAAUUUUCCACCAUCGUGGGUCCUAACAUCAUUUUCUUCUCCAUUUGAUGCUGUCAUGGCUUCUUCAAAGAGAUGGGCAAGCAUCAUAUCGUCUAUUGCUUCUUUUCUUCAUUUCUUUAUCAUAAUCUUUCAAGUGCCCGUUUUCAGGGUACCAUGUAGGACUGGAACAUGUACUUCACCUAUAGAGGUCAUGUCCUCCCACUUGAUUGCAACUGAACUCUAUCCUGCAUUUGGGCCCAAGGCUCUUCUGUAUCCUGGUGCCAUUGCUAGAUCUUAUAGCAAGAACAGAACCUUCCCAAGCUAUAGUAAAUUGUCGAAGCUAUAUAACUUGACCAAUCUGAGGAAAACCUCUAAAUCGACUGAUCUCCAGCACCUAGAGAUUCUGGCAGGAAGCUACUUAGCAGUGGCAGGAGCAGUAUUAGGUCUCAUAAGGCUGGGCAGGACGAGCCUCUUUGGAACACUGCUUAUCCUAUGGGGCUUUGUAAGAGAAGUCAUCCUGAAAAACUCUGCUAAUAUGAAUUCCGCGAGGAGUAUCCAUAUCUACCCAGUAACAAUGUGCAUUGCUCUUCUUUGUGCUUUCUUGACUAUAAGAAAGGAUGUUAGAAAGCUUAUCCGUUGUUGCAGAACUCGGCGAGGUGCAAAGUCUCUACGGUUUAAAGCGAAAAUUAUGUGAUACUUGCUACUGGAUUAGCAUUUUUAUAUGUAUAGAAAGCAACCAUUCUUUGGAUUAUAUGGGAGGAAAGAAUAGAGGAUGUUGCAUUCGGAGUGCUACGUCUUUAGAGACUUAUCAGAAAACAUAUGGAAUAUUGGAUGCAUAGGAGGAGUAUGUUUUGGAUCGUCUUGUGGCUUGUAAUUGGUUCGUCAGCUUUUCUCAACCACUGAGAAUGAAAGGAGAAGUUAUAUUUGUUGCAGUGGCUGUAGAAAACGAGGACUUUCGAAGAUAUAAAAUUCAGAGAAUUUCCAAGACUGUCGAAAGUAGAUUUUAAAGGGGGACCGGACCUCCUGUAAAGCACCGAUUGCCAUAGCCAUGGGGUCCUCGGAGAAAGGCAACUCUGUGGGUUUUGGCAAGUAGUGUAUGCGGACGAAUAUCUUUUUGUCUCUUCCUAGGGUUUAGCUUUCAAUGAGGGGUCACACACAUCAAUUGUAGGUGUGCACUUGCAAUCAAUGUGCUAUGCUAAUAUUGCUCAGGAAAUAACAAUUGAUUUUCAGUCA